AUGCCAACGGACUUGGUGAUAACCUCUUCCGCGGCGGAUGAAACUCGAUCGAGGGACUUGCUGAUAUCCACGAGGAACACAUCUCAUGGCUCAAGUUCCUCAAAUUCAGGAGGAGGCUCUGGAUCUUCUGGAUCCCGACAGUUUGAUCCAGCAAGCUUAUCAGCUUACCACCACCAUCACCACCAUCAUCACCAUAGUUUCGUAGCGGGGCUAGGCCAUCCUCAUCACCGGGAGUCAUCAGCUUUCGUUCCGGUGGUGCCAUCGCGGCUGCAUCUAGCACCUUAUCCUGGAGAUAUGCAUCCACAUCUUUCAGGACCGCCUCCGCAACCGAAUUCAGCGAAUUCGAACCAGGAACAUGAUGCUCCAGAUGGCCCACCAGUGAGGAAGUCUUCUAGUUAUGACAUAAUGGCGAUGAUGGCUGACAAAAGGAAGGAACUAGCUGCAGCACGAGCUCUUCUUCUGCCACCACCUCCACUGUUGGAGCCUCCGCAAGGAUACCCAGUUUUUGCAGGUCCAUUUCCUGGCAGCAGUGCCAUGUACCCACCCGGAGGACCUCUAGCUCAUCAGCACCUGGACCGGAGAUUGCUUCGAGCUCCAGGAAGAGCAUCUAGACCUAAAAAACAAUUCAUUUGUAAAUUCUGCAAUCGGCAGUUUACGAAAAGUUAUAAUUUGUUGAUUCACGAAAGAACUCAUACUGACGAGAGACCGUAUUCCUGUGAUAUCUGUGGAAAAGCUUUUCGACGGCAAGAUCAUCUUAGAGAUCAUCGGUACAUCCACAGCAAGGAGAAGCCGUUCAAGUGUGGCGAAUGCGGAAAGGGCUUCUGCCAGAGUCGCACCCUCGCAGUGCAUAAGAUUCUUCAUAUGGAGGAGUCACCCCACAAGUGUCCAGUCUGCGCCAGAAGCUUUAACCAGCGCAGCAACUUGAAGACGCACUUAUUGACCCACACCGACCACAAGCCCUACGAGUGUACAUCCUGCGGGAAAGUCUUCCGAAGGAACUGCGACUUACGCAGACAUGCACUUACUCACGCAGUAGGUGACGUCCCACCCGAAGCGCUCGAGGAAGCUCUUCGAGACGACGAUAGCCCCGAGGAAGAUGGUCCAGAAGCUCCAGGUCCGGGUCCUUCUAGUUCAACUUCUAGUUCAACGUCUUCCAGCAAUCCGAACCCUAAUCCGAGCUCUAACUCAAACCCCAGCAGUUCCUCUUCAAGUUACACACCUCAGAACCUGGCGCCAAGACCUCAGCUGCAAAUUCGACGGGAUUUGCUCCCAGUGAAACCAGCUACCAUUACCAGCAAUGGUCAAAGCAACCCUCCAGCUCAUUUACCGCCACCUCCUCCUCCACCACCACCAAUCCUUACCUCCUACCGCCGAAGACUUGGAUCACCUGGUCCGUCAAGGGUACUCCUGGAGAUUCAGGAACGAGAACGUGAACGCGAACGAGAACUUGAACGACAAAGGGAACGAGAACGGGAACGCGAAAGGAUUCAAGAAGAGAAGUCUCGGGCGCCAAGAGCUCCAACUCCGCAACCACCGCCACCACCUAGACCCGCACCUGCUAGACAAGGAUUCACCAUCGAGGACAUAAUGCGCCGGUAA